AAUACAGACGACAGUUCUGUCAAAAUUAUUACAGUUCUGUCAAAGACGCCAAACAUCAAAGGAAAGACUGAAGAAAGACAAGGAGAUUAAAGAACGACAGAUUAGACUUCAAAGUCAUGUUUCAGGACAGCCAAGAUAGCAAUGCUAAUGGUAUUGGUGAAUUAGGUUCACAGCAGGACCUUUUUGAUGACUUGGUAGCACCACUCCCUAACCUACCAAAUGGUCACUUUUGUUGUGAAGGGUGCAAAUGCAACUCUUUGUUGUUGAAAGAAAUAGUAAAAGAGUUAAAAGAUUUGAAGAAAUGUGUAAACACAACAGCAGCAGCAAAACCUGGAAGGUCUUUUACCUGCAUUGAAAAGACAGAUAUGGAGAGACCAUUGACAGAUUACCUGAAAAGCCGGUUCCCAAAGAACCCAUUUUUGGCAGACCCAGACACAGAGUUAAAAGCCAAAUUAAUGUCUUUAAAGAGGAGACUUGCUCCAGAGGCAGACUACCAAGAAGUUCUUAGAGCAGGAGUGAGGUUCAGCACCCGGAAAAUGGUUGACUUUAGGUCUCAAACCAAAAACAAGAUGCUAUCAAGAAAUGAAUCAGCAGACUUAGGCUGUAAAAGUCUGAAGGACUUGGGAAAAGCUCUCUUUUCCAGGUUUCAAUGCCAAGAUGAAGAAGCUGUUGAGAAUAUGACAGUUGCUUUAAGAGCAUUCAGCUAUGAAAAGAAGCAGCUAAAAAAGCAGUCUGGGGAGCCCUUGGAGGAUUACUGGACAGCCUUCAAGGGUUUCCUGGGCGAUAUCCUAGAUAAUCAGGACAAGGAAAAAUGGGCCCAGUUGAAAGACAGAGAAAUCAAAAGAAUUGAAAGAUAUAUUAAAUAAAGAUGGAUAGACAUGUUCAACUUGAUGGAGUGGUCAGGGGAAACACAAUAUAUAAAGAACACUAUUAAUGUUAUGAUUUUUUUGUUUAUAUAUUUCUUUCUUUAUAUGUAAUAUAAGUAUAUUUUUGUAA